AUGGUCACACACUCAGCUGUGCGUGACACGUGGCAUUACGAUCACGAGGCACCGCAGCUGCCGUUCCUAACCUCAAACAACACGCGUGCUACGACACGCGAACAACCGCACCUAAGUGCUACGCCGAUGGCUCCCUGGAAUUUCACAAAUACUCAAACCAGGGCUGCAUCGUACUAUCCAGAAAAGAAGGUCCGGCUUGUAUGGGACGCAGCCGCCCAAUCCAGCGGCAAGGCCCUGAAUGACUACAUCUGGAGUGGUCCAGAUCUCCUAAACUCCCUGUUUGACCUCUUACUCUCAUUCCGAGUGGGACGAGUGGCGAUCUGUGGCGAUAUCGCCGAGAUGUUCCACCAGAUCCGAGUGAGACCAGCAGACACCCAUGCGCAAAGGUUUCUGUGGUUCGACAGCAAAUCCGAGAGGCAAGAGCCUAACGUCUAUGUUAUGGAAGCGCUUACUUUUGGAAUCAAUUGCGCACCCUGCAUUCCACACUUUAUUCGUGACAAAAAUGCAGAUCGAUUCUGCCAACAGUACCCUCAAGCAGCACAAGCCAUGAAGGACUACCACUACGUGGAUGAUUUUAUAUACAGCGGCGACAACUACGUGGAAGUCGGAAACAUCGCAACUCAAGUCAGAGACAUCCAUGCAGCAGGUGGUUUCCACAUACGCAAUUGGUCUUCGAACUCAAAGGAGGUCCUACGAAUACUAAAGAGCGAUUCGCUACUCCCCGAAGCUGUCGAAAUUACCGCAACAGAAAAGGCUGAAGCGCAACGUUUAGACAGCGACAAAACACCAACCAAACGCGAGCUCUUGCAAGUACUUAUGUCAAUGUACGACCCACUCGGCUUCAUCUCAUGCUUUACAAUAGAGCUGAAAAUCCUACUGCAAGAAGUCUGGAGAAGCGGCAUUGGCUGGGAUACUGGUUUGCCCGACGCAUUGUUACCCAAAUGGAUACGAUGGAAACGGAUCCUUACAACAAUCGCCGAAUUGACCAUCCCGAGAUGUUAUUUCAACAGCAGCGAUCAAAUCCAUGAUGUCCAGUUACACACGUUCGUUGACGCCAGCGAAUUGGCAUACGCAGCAGUCUGCUACCUUCGGAUACGCCAGGGGGAAAGAACCUACCUCAGCUUCGUGGCCUCCAAGGCGAAAGUGGCACCGUUGAGUCCACUAUCUAUACCAAGGAUGGAACUGCAGGCCGCAGUUAUCGGAGCAAAGCUGAGUAACCGAAUCCAACGCAAUCCAAGAUUGUCAAUUAACUCGAGUUGUUAUUGGUCCGACUCAAAGACUGUUCUCAAAUGGCUUCGUAUGGAUCCACGAAAGUUUCAGCAAUUCGUCAUGCACCGCGUGGGCGAAAUACUGGAAUUCACAAACAUGAAAACCAGCUCCUACGUACCCGAGGGCGAGCAGAAAACCUAA